GUUGUGGAUUUAUUGCAUGGAAGAACACCCCAUUCCACAGUACAACUUUCAGCUGCUCACGGUUUAACUUUCAACAGCGUUAACCAUUUUGGUUCAACCUGUAUCAAACCCUUUGCGGAUCUGCCUAACGCCUUUGAAAUUCGAGACGCCGCUUGCGCCUGCUUGAAACCUUUCCCGUCGAUAAAGUAUCCCGACUUGGGGUUUUGCCACGGUUUAGAGUUUUGUUUUCCCUGGUUUGCACGAGGUGAUGGGAACCUGUGCAUAUCUGGAUCUGUUGAGUUUUUAACGUGGGGUCUCGGACCCGCAGCUCCAUCCAGCUCUUCAGUGGAUGGUUCAGGAGGUUCAGACCAGCCUGGGUUUGAUUUGAAUCCCCAUGGGGGAAGUUAUUUAUCUCGUAAACAUAAAUGCCUUUGAAAAUGGGUUUUUAUUUAAGAACAGCAGAGGUAGAACCCCCCUCUCUGCCCAACACGUGGGCUGAAUUUAGGGAUGAUGCACGGUGCUCACGUGGCCCCUUUAUCUGCUGGUCUUAUAAAUAAUAAAAGAAGCUCCCUUUAAUAAGUAAUACCCAGAGACACAGUCCAAAUCCACGUUGCAAAGGAGCGGGGAAGAAAAUAUUUGCAGCUUUCAACUCUUGGAUGAUGCUCGUGCCGUCACCAACAGUGUCCCUGGUGUCAACCCCCAGCCUUGGGGACCACGACCCUCCUGCCUCAGUUUCUCUGCCUAUAAGAAGAUAAUUGUCUGGUUUUUAAUCCCUCUGAGAUGUCCUGAUGAAAGCUCUGGGUAAGAGGUUGGCCCCACUUAUUAAGCACAUUAAGCAUUCGCCGUGAUUAUAAUAGGGAUUAAUUGUGCUUGGUGGCUUCUUUGGGUUUGUCUUUAACAGCCCAGCUUGUAAUCAAAGUGUUGUGAAGCCGGCAUGUUAAUGCUGACCUGACUUCUCAAUAUGCCAUUCACUAUAACUUGGCUUUUAAUUAAAGCUUGGUUUUGUAGUCGUCGACGAAACGCGGAUGGGCUUGGCCUGAUUCAUUGGAGGGUUUAAGGAAGGAGGAGGUACAGAGCUCGGCUCGUUCUGCUUCUUGGCAUUACCAUCCCUGUUUCUCUCUACAUCCCCAUGUUUGGCCUCGUGGCGAGGACGCUGCUGAUCCUUUUCAUUUUUGCAAGCUGUUGUAUCAUUAAAUAAAUACCCUCCAGUUCCCUCCACACUGCAAACUUAUUUCUUCUGUCCCAGCCGACUCUCUUUCCUCUGGAUGGGUUGUGCCCCUCAUCCUGGGGACAGUGGGCGUCCCAGGAACAGCAUCUUCCUCCACCAAAACAUCUCGGCCGGGCAGAGAGCAACAGGGAGGCUUUUGUUCUGCACCAGAAACUUUUCAUCCUUCUUUAUGGCUCCUUUUUUAUUUCUUUUGGCUGCGCUCUCCCGAAUCUGAAGCAGAUUAAAAUACAGUUCCUCCCCCUGCUGAAAAUCAUCAGAUUUCAGUGAAGCCUUUUAAAGUUAACGGUUUCCUGGAUACUGUGCAGACUCACUUAUUUUUUCCCUCUAACCUCCGUGUUUUUUGCCGUAAUGUUUCUCAGCUGUUGCCGCAGGCAGGAGGGAGGACCAGGGUAGCUCCGGCGUGGAGAAGGUUAUUUCAUGCAGGGGUUGGAUGGAUCUGAUGUGGGACUCUUGGACCCUCGCAGUAUGGCCAGGCUGCAUCGGUGAUGCCUUUUUUGGGCAUCUCCAGGUGGGAGAGCUGAACCAAAGCCCCCAGAGCAUCACAAGUUCACGGAGCUGUAAGGGUAAGAAGAACAACUGUCUGGUGCUCGUUGGUUUUGUUGCCUCUUCUCCAACAGUGAUCUCUCCUCCUUUGCAAAAAAAUGACCCGAAGCCAUCCCAGAUGGGAAAUGUGUAAUUUUUCUCUUGGGUGGUUGAGGAGGUGAACCCGGCCAACCUUGGCCAAGGCCAGUGACUCAACACAAACUGAGGGUGAGCGGGGACAGUCGGAGCUUUGUCCUUCAGCUGAAACAUCCUCUGUCACAUGAGCACGAGCAAGGGGAGAGCUCCUGAACUAUCUAAAAUCCCUUUGACCCAGCAGAGAUAUACACCAAACCCAACCCUAUACCGCUGAGCUGGGAACAAAGGUUUAGGGGCUGCUUUGGGCUUUUUUUUUUGGAAUUUAUUUGCAAAGCAAAACAGCUCGGCUGAGCGGAGGGAGCGUUGGUGGAGGAGUGUGAGCUGCCGUGUUAUAAAAUCCCAUCCUCGCAGCGGGGGAGCGCCGGCUCCCCGAGCUCUUGUAGCAUUUCCACGUCGGCCGGGAGAGUUUCUGAACAUGCGUGUUGGUCUCUGGAGGCUUUAAUCAAAUCCAGGCUUUCCCAGAAAUUGCCUCGAAACUUCCAGCGAGUCAAGGGAACCGAAAGCAGCCGGAGUGAGAUGCUGCUGGUGUCGGUGAGGCAGCUGGGAUGAGAGCCUACCCAUGAGCUCGGACUUCCAGCAUUACAGUUUCAGGAUGCCGAACAUCGGGUUCCAGAACCUGCCGCUCAACAUAUACAUCGUGGUUUUCGGCACAGCCAUCUUCGUCUUCAUCCUCAGUUUGCUCUUCUGCUGCUACUUGAUCAGGCUCAGACAUCAAGCGCACAAAGAGCUUUACGCCUACAAACAGGUUAUACUCAAGGAGAAGGUGAAGGAGCUGAACCUACACGAGAUCUGCGCCGUGUGCUUGGAGGAGUUCAAGCCCAAGGAUGAGCUGGGGAUCUGUCCUUGCAAACACGCCUUCCACAGAAAGUGCCUCAUCAAGUGGCUGGAGGUGCGGAAAGUCUGUCCCCUCUGCAACAUGCCGGUGCUGCAGCUGGCGCAGCUGCACAGCAAGCAGGACCCCGGGCCCCCCCAGGGCCCCCUUCCCGGUGCCGAAAACAUCGUAUAGCUCAACCGCCCCCCCGGACUGCCCCGCCACCCGCCCCGGGGACUCGGGGACAACCAAAGCACUACGGCACCAGCACGGGGGGACGGGCGAGGACACAGCACUUUAAGGGGGGGACACAUCCCCGCUGGUUGAAGCAAAAGAGCCCCGUGCCUCAAAAACCUGCCCCUGCGGAGCUGCACUGGGGUGCGGGGGCUCGGGGGUUGGAGGGGACUCGGUGACAACACGACGUCCUUCUUGCAGCGCAUCCUCGGCCAGGACGCAGCGUGGGGCACGAAGGAGCCACCCGGCAGCACCCGCCACCUCCUGUGACACCGCGACGUCCCCCUGAACGCCCGGUACGCUCCCCAGCCCCGCUGCCCCCCGCCGCCCUCCGCCACCGUCACAAAUCGCUGCCCAAAAUGCAGGGGGGUGGGACCUGGAACACCACAGCUCUUUCUCUUUGCCAUUAUUUUAAUGGCUUUACCUUUUCACAACCCCCACCUGGAGAAUGGGGUGCCCCGUUGGCACCCACUGCUCCUCCAAAAGGGCUCACCGGGGCGGGGGAAGCCGCUGUCACCCCCCAGGGGACAUCACGGUGACCGUGGUGUGGGGUCCCCGGGGCUUUGGUUACCCCAAACCCUCCCCAGGGGUGGCUGCCCCCAUGGGCUACCUCAGCGGGGCCAUCGGUGCCCCCAGCGGGCACGAUCCGGGUGUCGUCCCCCCGUCCUGUAAAUACCCUGCGACUCCCGAGACUGUUUAUGGAGCGUGGAGCCUCAUAGACGUGUUUAUACACUACGAAUUCUGCAGCAGAAUAUUUUUUAAAACAUUCGCUGUUUUUUUUCUUCUUUUUUUCUGUUUGGUUGGUUUAUUUUUUUUGUAAGCUAUAUUUUUGUAUAUUUAAUUGCUAUUUUAAAAUCCUAAUAAUGCGUCUUUUUUGCUAAUCACACUAUUCUUAAGGAAAAACGAGGAAAGAGAAAAAAAACCACAACAACAACACGGUUUGCAUGUGAUUUGACUUGAAAUGUAAAUAAAAGCAGGUUUUGGAA